AUGAGAUGCAAUGGGAAACCAUCGGAAAACACUAAGAGACAAGACGAUGUCAAGUCUACGGAAGAAGCAGAUCCAUUCCUCAAGCAAUAUAGGCACUCACCUUCCAGAUCAAGGGUUGAAUCCCCAACUUCGCUUGGUGAGAAGCUUGAACGAGCCAGUAGAAUCAGAAGAAACAUAGACUCAUUAAAUGCUGCUGAUGAUCAUGAAGAUGAUAAAGUAGGUGAUGAAGACAUCAAAAGAAGGAAACUGACCCCAGUGUUUCAUGUAUCACUACUGGGGAACGGAAAGAUAGCUUCGUCAACUUCAAAGAAACAACUCAUAAUAAACUCAUCCCCUACACUGCAUUCUAAAGUACUGGUGCCAUCGCUGCCUGUCAAGUGGAUACCGAAGGAAGACAAUGCGAAUGGUAGUAAUAUCUUCUACGUCAAAGAGUCAUUCCAAAAGUUGGAUCCCUCCCAGGGACAACUAAAUGAGUUGCAUAGACCUCCACGACUUAAUGUUAGCAUCCUUGCUGUCCGACAUUCUCAUGACAAUGAAGUCAUCUAUGGUGAUGAUCUUACGUUGAAUGUUAGCGAGAACGACAAGUUCAUCUUCUUCAAGAACGAUUCAAAAAUCAUCCAUGAAUUGGUGGUUAAUCGACUACUUAAGCUUGACAGUAUGGACUUUGGUGAUAGUCUACUUUUGAUUAAACCAAUCAAACGUACCGAUGGAGCCAUAUUGGUUAAUUUCAAUGGUUCUAAUACUCAUCUUCAUAGUUAUUUCAGAAGGAAUAAGCUAUGGAGAGCCAAUUCUAUGAAGCAACUGAAUCAUGAUAUCAAUUCGCUGUAUAAUACUUUUGUUGAUGAGUUCAAGAAAUCAAAUGGCACACCAGAACAAAGUAAUAGAAGGAAUGGCACCAGGAAUAGUAUCACCCGGAACAGUGCCACCACCAUUACUGCUGAGUAUCUGACUCCCGAGAUGGUUAAUCGUUUUGUUUCCCAUACCUCUAUUGCUGAUAGUUCUAUUGCUGAUAGUUCCAUCAUUUCACCAGACUUGAGUCAUCGAGUCACAAGAUCAGGUAACAUUGCAGACUUAUCAUCACCCAUUAAAACAAGAGCAUACAGAACACCAGUACGGAAACCAUCUAUAAGUCCAGUUUGGGAGAGUCCAGCACCUUUUGAUCCUCCAUUGCAAUAUACUUUCAAAGAUAAACAUACGUUUCAUAUCAACAAAAAUGACUUCAAAACUCUUUACAAUAAUGAUUGGAUUAACGAUACUAUCAUCGACUUUUGCAUCAAUUAUGAAGUGGAACAAGCUGUAGAGAAACGAAUGGUGAAACCACAUGCAAUUUAUGCCUUCAAUUCCUUUUUCUUUCAAAAGUUGACCCAGGGGAAAACCCUACACAGCGAUCCUCCCUACUACGAGAAUGUAAAGAGAUGGUUGAUGAAAGUGGAUUUGGGAAGAUACACCUAUGGUAUUAUUCCUAUUAACGAGCAUAUGCAUUGGUACGGGUGUAUUAUCAAGGGAGUACUGCAAUAUGUGUGGAAUGCCAAGUUCAAGGUUGAUGAUGAUGAUGAUGUUGAUGACGAUGAAGCAAUGAAAUCAUUAUCAUCAUCGACAACGACGACGACAACCACAGAAAGUUCUUCCGAAGGAUCAAAGGGGAAUAUUGGAUCGAAAAUAGAGGUUUUCAUCUUUGAUUCUUUGGGCCAUAGUCAUCCAUCUAUUAGUAAGGCAUUAAAGGGCUUUCUUAUUGGAUACUGUGAAGACAAGUAUUCGAUUAAAGUAUCCAAAGACGAUAUCCGAUUACUUAAUGUUAAAGUCCCCAGACAGAACAACUUCAAUGAUUGUGGAAUCCAUGUGAUCUACAAUAUCAAGAGAUGGCUUGAAGAUACAACUGAAUGUGAAAAGCUAUGGCAUAAGAGUCGGGCUGCAAGGAGUAGAAGAGAUGCUGAUAAGUUCUUUAAUAGUUCCGAACGGAAUAGUAUGAGACGGGACAUCAUCAACUUGCUUCUACGAUUACACGAAGAAAGCAACAGCAGCAGUACUAACAAUAAGAAUAAUAAUAAUGAUGAUAAUAGUGAAAGACUCGAUGAUAAGAGUACAGAAUUGGUCGUCAAUCCCAAGAAACCGCUUGAACUUGAACAUCAUGAAGAUGAUUGUGUGGAGUUCAUAGGUGAAGUUAAUGGAGAGACAUCAUCACUGAGAAAUGCCAAUGACGAAUUGAACCUUGUGCUUGACCCUUCAAUAUUCCUUCUAGAAGAUCCCGAUUCAGUUACGUUCAUCACUCCUGAGUAUAAGAAUGAAGAUUUAGCUAAGAGUAUUGGCCCAGUUGCAGUGCCCUUAUCGUUUGAAAAGUUCAUCAACAGCGUCUUUGCUAAGAAAAACAUGCCCGUAGCAAAGAAGACCUUUCAACAUUGUAUCAAGGUAUAUGAGAAUGCUACGAAAGAAAAAGGUAUGUAUAAAGCUGUGGCAGAUACUAUUGAAACUUUGGAGGUUCUUGCACAGCUGUUGCCUAAUAAGGGAGCUUUAACGGCUGCAGCCGCUCAACUGUUUUCCAUUACCCAUAAACACAGCCGAUAA